UAGGUCCGAUAGCGUCUCCUACUGCCAUACCGCCACCCCCAAAGCAGAACCGGCUGCUGUGGUGGGCUCAACAGCCCGCCUACGAUCACGAACCACAUCCUAUGCCCCCAGCCUCCGCGCGACACACGUCACUCCCUGCUGAGGUUUGAAGCCUUCUUUUGCCGAUUGGACAGGGGGAGGAUCCUGGUCUGGUGCAGACUCAGAUUCCUGGCCCCACGCAUCUGAGGCUUGCUACUUUAUGGGCCAACUCGCGGACAAGUUGUAGGGCCCUUGAGGACCUCAUAUUCUGCUCCAAUUUGGCGUUCGAAUGCCUUUUUCAGCAACUUUCUAAGCGUUGUCUACCACCACAUGCGACUCGUGUCUGUUUCCAGCUCUUGUAAGGUGGCAUUCAAACAGCUCAGCAGCCAUGUCAAAUUCGACGAACUCGACAACUGGAAUAUCGAUACAAAAUAUUGCAGACAUGCAAGGGAAAAUAAUUCCGAGAUCGUUCAUCCAUGGAUAUGUUGUUCUAUCAUUCUUGGUUAGUUUUAUUGGGGCAUGGACAGCAUUGGAGCUCAUCAGCCGAAGGACGGCUAUGAGAGGGUAUUAUAACUGGUUUCUUCUCGCUGGUUCCUCGUUUUCGAUAGGCGGAAUUGCCAUUUGGUCUAUGCACUAUAUUGGAAACCGAGCUAUUGUUCUUGGUGAUGAGCGACCCCAGCUACAGAUCGUCUACAGUGCCGGCUAUACAGUGAUUUCUCUCUUCGUGCCGGUUGCCGUGCUUUUCAUAGUUUUCGCAUCCGUUGGGUCUAACGCUACCAUGAACACUACGAGAGUUGUGCUAGGGGGGGCAUUAACUGGGUUUGCCGUGUGCGGGAUGCAUUAUCUGGGUCAAGCUGGCAUUGCGAAUUAUGAUUGUGUCUACCCAGUUCCCUUUGUGAUUGAAGCUAUCACAAUUGCGGUGGUAGCCAGUAUUACAGCACUUUGCAUGUUCUUUCUGUUCCGCCCAGCAUGGGACACAAGGUGGUGGAGGAGACCUAUUUGUGCUGUUGUCCUCGCGGGUGCGGUCUCUGGGAUACAUUGGCUUGCCUCAGUUGGGACGCAGUAUCGAUUGAAAAAGAUGGACGCAAGCCCGAUGAACAGCAUCUCCAGGGCUCUUACAGUUAUUAUAGUCCUUGUUUUGUCUAUAUGCUGCUGCAUAGUCCUCGUCCUCACUAUGUUGCUUGCGCAGUGGCGCCUGGCAAAAUUGGCAAAGAGGGCUCAGCAGGUCGUGCUUGCUACCGCAAUUUUCGACUACGAGGACAGGAUACUGGUCACGUCUGAGGGCUACCUGCCAAAUAGGAAAAUCGCGGACGCAUGGGUUGAGCGGUCCCUCGACGAUACAUUUAGCGUCUCUCAUCCCGUCUUCCUUUGGAUGUUCAGAAUAACCCGCAACUGGAACGGCGUUGCGAAGCUGCUUCCUGGCAUGCGCAACCAUGUUCAUAGUGCUGGUCUGAAACGCCGUCUGGGAUCCAAGUUUGAGAGCAAUCUCGUGAACGACCAUGGUACACCAAUUGAAGACUACUCCUUAAUAUUUCGAGAACUUUUCUGCGUUGCGGCCGAUGAUCUCGCGCAUGAUCUGCAUGAGCCACUCGACAAAAUGGGUAUUCUCUAUGAUGAAAUCACCGUCACCGGUCAACAGGCAAUGAAGGAAAAGAAGAAAGACACGCAUUCAGAUCUUGAUCUUGAAGGUUUAUCUGGCGGCAAUGGAAAACUACUCUUCCUCCUCAGAAUCGUCAACAGACGCGAUGCCGAACAUCUGCAGACUGCUGGAUAUUGUUUUGCCGAACCAUCAAACGUAAUCCCAUUUUUGGCUACGACUUUGAAAGUGGGUCCGAAGCUACUCUCUCAGCGAUUUGAGAUCAUGCGUGAGUAUGUAGCAGAGGAACGAAUGUUUGAUCCGGGUGUGCACCUGGCCAUCUUCGCUAUUCGCGCCUCUCUCGGUGCUGGCCGCCAUGGCUUUGAUGUGCUUGCUCGGAAGGAUGCUAAAAACCAGCUGCCGACUAUGCAAUUUUCCUUUGACGACCUCAACGAUUUUCAGCUCGAAUACUUGAAAACUAUGGAUUCCAUGACCAUGGCAGCGAUCAUGAAGAAACUGGUCGAAGCCUUGAGGCGCAGCCCCUCCGAGAAAGAAAAACACUUCGCAAAACAACUUUUCGAUACUAUCGAGGCAAUCAAGGAGGAGAGUGAGAAUCCUAUCUUUGACGAUGCCAAGCUGAUUGCGGAUCCAAUACGGGCACCUUGUCGAGGAGUUUCCCAAGACUCACCUCCCGGCGUUGCUACGUUCAUCACAUUUCGAAUCGUUGUACCGAUCCAUAGCCGAGCACCCGGAAGAAAACUGAUGUAUAUUCCCUUGAACUUCUUCAAAAUGCAACAGCAGCUCCACAAAAAUGCCGCCGCCCAUGACGUCUUCGCACGAGAAGUGCAUCGAGAAUUUGCAAACGUGUUGGAUCUUGAAGAUCUUGACGCGAAGGCCAGUCCCGCGUUUGCUCCUGAUCCAUUUAACAAUGGGCAAACAAACAAAAUUGAGGGAGAAAAGGCUGGCGACAGGAGGGCUACUGUGGCUUCGCAGCGUCGUCAUUCCCGGGCCAGGGUUGAGAAAUCAUCAGAGACAAACCUUGUGGACGCGAAUUCUCACGAUGACGAGCCCACCUUGGGCAUUGUUAACUAUGCAGGAGGAGCUGGAGGUAAGAAAAUCAGCUCAACCAGCCCACGAAUAUCUAGAAACCAGGGAGAGCGGGGUACUGGGUUCGAGCUUAGCCAAGGUGGGCAAAAGACACGAAAUGGGGUUGUUGAGAAGAAGCCGAAGGAAGAGGAUACCCAAACCUACAUUGACGAGAUGUUCACCAUUACCAUUACGAAACGUUAAAUGUGGAUAGGAGAGCAUAGGAUUGAUUCUUUGUGUU